AUGCAGACUGCCUCAAACAUUUGUGAAAGAAUGGGUCGCUCUCAGGAGCUCAGUGAAUUCAAGUGUGGUACCGUGAUGGGUUGCCACCUGUGCAAUAAGUCCAUCUGUGAAAUUUCCUGGCUACUAAAUAUUCCACAGUCAACUCUUAGUGGUAUUAUAUAAAAGUGGAAGCAACUGGGAACAACAGCAACUCAACCACGUAAAAUGACAGAGCAGGGUCAGCGCAUGCUGAGGCGCACAAUGCAGAUGUAACCUACUGUCAUCAGAGUCACUUAGUUCCAGUGAAGGGAACUCUUAAGGCAUCAGCAAGGUCCAUAAAGGCAUGGAUGAGUGAGUGAGUUUGGGGUGG